UCUGCUCUGUCGUUGCGCAGACUGUGCGCAGAAGCAGCAGCCGAGACGCUCCCCCUCCUCGAGGGCUGCAGCCAUCUGCCGCCUCUUUUUCAGUUUCAAACCAGCACAUUAUGACGUCUGGCUUCACUUGACACAACCGAAACAAACGUCUCCGAGAGCAGCUGUCUGCGCAGAAAAGCAGCAAAAGAAGAAGAAGAAAAAAACAUUAAAGAAAGAAAAAAAGCAGACGCUCGCUCUGCGCAACGAGAGCCGCGGCCGUUUGCGACCCGGAGACAGACUGACUGAGCGGAGGAUCAUCAAGACGAAGAGGAUUUGAAUUAAGCAGAUAACGGACAGCAACUCUGCAUCCUUCGGUGAGGGAGGGAGGGGAGGAGGCAACUGUUUUGUAGCUAUCUUGGAAGCCCUGGGUGAGGAGAGAGGGGGGGAGGAGGAGCGGAGAAUGAGCUAUUCUUGUACCAGCAGAGGCAACAGCCAGGACCCGUCAAGCGCUAAGAAGCCUGCCGGUGGUAAUCCGGCCAGAGACGCUGGAGGCACCGACGGCGGCACAGACAGCACUGGUAACGGCAGCCCGAAGCAGACGAUGAAAGUGAAGAAAGGCUGCAACGAGGUGGGGGUCCCGGUGACCACGGAGGAGGACCUGCUGGCCAGUGCCGUGAUCACUCCGGAGGAUGUUCUGGGUCUGCAGAAGAUCACAGAGAAUUAUCUGUGCAGCCCAGACGAGAACAUUUACAACAUCGACUUCACCAGGUUUAAGAUCAGAGACAUGGAGACCGGCACAGUGCUGUUUGAAAUCACCAAACCUCCGUCCACAGAUAAAGCAGGAGAGAAGAGGGAUAUCGACCCAAACGCUGGUCGGUUUGUCCGUUACCAGUUCACCCCCGCUUUUCUGCGACUGCGGCAGGUUGGAGCAACCGUUGAGUUCACCGUCGGAGAUAUGCCAAUAGAAAACUUCAGGAUGAUCGAGAGACAUUAUUUUAGAGAGAAGUUGCUCAAGAGUUUUGACUUUGAGUUCGGCUUCUGCAUGCCCAGCAGCAAGAACACCUGCGAACACAUCUACGAGUUCCCACCUUUGUCCGAGGACAGCAUCAGGGAGAUGAUCCUGCACCCGUACGAGACGCAGUCCGACAGCUUCUACUUUGUGGACAAUAAGCUGGUGAUGCACAACAAAGCAGACUACUCGUACAACGGCGGGACGUAGAGACGACACGGCGGCGCGAGACACGGGUGGAUUUACGGACUGGAGUUAACAUCCCGUCAAUCCAGCGGUGUCUCUUUUCUCUCCUUAUUUCUGUCUUUCUCUGUUUUCUUUCUCCUGCUGAGGGAAUGCCAUCCAGAAAACAUCCACACAGACGUGUUGGUUACCUGUAUGUGUGUGUCUGAACACAAACACACACAGGGAUGGACACAGUUUGCAGUGUGAGUGUGUGUGUGGCGUGAUAAACCAGCAACUUUUUAGAUGGUUUUUGCUCUUCAGAUAUUGAUAGAAAAUUUUUUUUUUCAUUCCUGUACAUGUUAGCAUCUAAGAACGUGUGUUUUUAGGACUUUUUGGGGGAAAUCAUUUCUCAGAUUCAGUGAGUGUGUUCGUGUGUGUGUGUACUUUUGUUUUUCUUGUGAGUGUGUAUACUUUGUAUGAUUGUCUGUGUGUGUCAGUUCAAAGCAUGACUACUGCUCUGGGGAAAAUAUAUUCAUUUAAAUGUUAAAAAAAUGUGAUCAUCUGGUUUGCAAAAGGUCAAAUAGAUUUCCAAAAUCUGUUGGCGCCUUUUCUACUCAGUAGGUAGUCGGUAGUUAUUUUUAAUUUAUCAUUUCCUUCCCGAUCUCUUUGUUCCUUAUUUAUUUCUUGACCUAUAUUAACCAUAGGGAGUGCGUGUGUUUAUUGUAUCCUCUCAAAGCACAACAUCUUUACAGAGCCGACGAUUAUAAAGAUGAGCCGAUAUGACCGUGAACGUACUUUGUCAUCUGUGCACCGACUGUUCUUCUCCUGCCUCGUGUCGCUUAGUUUAGUUGAUAAAGACGUUGUAAAGGAAUUCUUGGUUGUCUCAGGAGAGAAGAAGGUGGAGGAAUGUAGCAGAAGUCAUUAAAAGAACAAAUCACGAUUACAUCUUUUUGUGUUUGUCCUUGUCACGUCUCGUAUAAACAUUUUCUCAUUCUCAGUGUUAUCAGAUUUCUGCCUCUCAUAUGUUUCGUUGUUUUCACUCAUUCCAGUGGUUUGGACCUGAGCGUGCUAAUCUGUUGUUGGUCUGAAGGCAUUUAUUAACCGAACUGUCUCUGGAUGCCUCGAAACUGUAAUAUGCACAACCUUUUCUCUGUCGCCAUCUGUGCUGAGACACAACCCGACUCAAGACUAUCCAAACUGGUCUUUUGCUUCAUCGUUUCCUCACAUACUUUCUGAUUUGAUGCACUUGAAUGUCAGUUUGUGCAACUGACAAUUUAAAUUAUUUGAAUUUAAACUGCAGUGCGUUCAAACAAAUGGUGGUUCACGAGGAAAGAGCAGCCGAUCAAAAGGAAAUUAUGUCAAUGCACCUGCACAAAAACAAGGUGGGCAUUGAUUAAAAAUGAUUGGAAAUUGAUCGGCUUUGUUGUUUUGGGCCUGAACAAUUUGCACAAGAGACAAAUGUGUUAAAGUAGUGAACUGAACUGGAGGGGGCUAAACAUCAGAGAUUAAACUGAUUGACUUGAAUGUUUUGUCACAAAAAAUGUAACACAGAUACGUAGAACAGAUUUAUAUAUGACCGACUGUGACUCAUGCAAAUUAUUUUGAACUCGUGUAAAGUUUUUGACAAGUCAAAAGUUGGUGAGGCUGAACAAAAGUAAAAUAAAGAUUUAUGGAACUUUUUGAAGUA